AUGAGCGUAAAUGAUGUCAACUCGAAGGCUACAAUCCUGUUGAUGGGUCUCAGAAGAGGUGGUAAGUCAUCCAUUUGCAAAGUGGUGUUUCAUAACAUGCAACCAUUGGACACACUCUAUCUGGAGUCAACUUCCAACCCCACUAUGGAACAUUUUUCAACCCUUAUCGACCUUGCCGUGAUGGAGCUCCCAGGUCAGCUGAACUACUUCGAACCCAACUACGAUUCCGAGAGACUCUUCAAAAGCGUAGGUGCUCUCGUGUAUGUAAUUGACUCGCAAGACGAAUAUAUGAACGCGCUUACAAAUUUCGCGAUCAUUGUAGAAUAUGCCUACAAAGUGAACCCUAACAUCAAUAUCGAGGUACUAAUUCACAAGGUUGACGGACUAAGUGAGGAUUUCAAGGUCGACACGCAGCGUGAUAUAAUGCAACGUACAGGUGAAGAACUGCUCGAACUGGGCUUGGACGGGGUUCAAGUGUCGUUUUACCUCACGUCUAUUUUCGACCAUUCGAUUUACGAGGCAUUCUCGCGGAUAGUACAGAAACUUAUUCCGGAGCUGCCCUUCCUCGAAAACAUGUUGGACAACCUCGUGCAACACUCCAAGAUUGAGAAAUGCUUCUUAUUUGAUAUAAACUCCAAGAUAUACGUCUCUACGGACUCCUCCCCCGUGGAUAUUGUCAUGUAUGAAACGUGCGCCGAAUUCGUUGAUGUCACCAUCGACCUCCAUGAUCUUUACAAGGGCCAAGCCAAAAACGACACCGGGCGCGAACUCAAGAGUGUAUCCGCUCUCAAUAACGAUGUAGUCAUUUAUCUCAGGCAGAUGAUCCGUGGCCUUGCGCUGGUCGCCCUUAUCCGGCCAGACGACACUGAUGUUGAAAGUUGUUUAACUGUUGUCGACUAUAACGUCGACAUAUUCAAAAGUGGGCUCGAACAAGUGUGGGCUCACGCCCGCAUCACGCCCGCAAACUCAAAGACGGACUAA